CCUGUACACAUUUUGGAGGGUUUUUAGUCAAAGCUUCAGUGAAUAGUUUUUCGUUAUGUAUUAGACAAAUACUAAAACGUAUUAUUAAAGUGCUUGAAUAUCCAAGAUCAAUUAACACAAUGUCUCGUAAUAUCAAGUCUUAUUUCAAUGUGGUCUACACCAAGAAAGGGGAUAAGAAACCAUCACCAGUAAAGAGCAGUAAAUCACCAGCAAAUAAGAAGUUGCAGGUGAUUUCAAGUGAUGAAGAAAUACCAAAGGCACAGAAGAAAAAUGAAGUCAAAAUUAAGAAGAAGAAAACUAAGGUAAUUGAAUCAGAUUCUUCUGAUGAAGAGGUCAAGUCUAUGAAGAAGAAGGCAAAGGUGAAGACUGAGGAGAAAUUAAUACCUGUCAAUGUCAAGAAGUUGUUCGGAGGGAAAGUAGUGCAGAGUGAAGUAAAGAACAAAAAGAAAAAGCAGGAUGAAGAUUUUGAGAAGACCCUGCAGCAAUUGGAUGAUGAUUUUGAUAUAGAUGAAUCCAUUUUGGAUAAGAGCAUGAAUGAGGCUAUGUUUGAAGAGAGCACACCUAAGAAAACUUUAAGCAAAGAGAGUAAAUUGAAGAAAGAGAAGUCAUCUAAGGAAGAUACAACUGUUGUAGAGGUUGCUUGUAAGAAAGUUAAACAUGAAAAAGAUUCACUAAAUAAAGAUAAAUGUGAUAAUGGGGAAAGCAGUUGUGAAAUGGUGAAUACUCCUAAGAAGGAGAAAAUGAAGGUUGAGAAGGAUACAGCAAAGGUGGAUAAAACUCCUGUUAGUAGGAAGAGGAAAGCUGAGGAGGACUUGGAUGAGUCUGGAUUGGACCCUGACCAGGAGAGAUAUGAAAAGAAGAGAUACAGUGCUAUGCUUUACAAACAGUAUUUGAACAGAAGUGGGCCAGUUCUUAAAGGACAAAAGGAGAUGCCUAAGGGAAAACCGGAUUGUUUGAAGAACUUAUGUUUCUUGAAAACUGGAGUAUUAGAGUCAAUGGAGAAGGACGACAUGGAUAUACUUGUUAAAGAGCACGGCGGUAGGACAGUCAGUGCCGUUUCAAAGAAAGUUAAUUAUAUGGUGGUCGGUCAAGACCCCGGUCCAUCGAAGUUGGAAAAAGCGCGUAGCUUUGGAAUUAAGGAGAUCACUGAAGAUGAAUUGCUGGAUAUGAUUCUGGUAAAAUCCGGAAUGCCGCCAAAAUACGUGAAACAUUCCGAAGAUGAUGAUGAUAUUGUAUGUUCUCCAAUCAAAGAGUCAAAUGAGAGGCGGAAGAAGAAUCUGAAAGAAAUUGAAAAGAAAAUCAAGGUCGAACCAAAGAGUCCCAAGAAGGAGAAGGAGAACAAACAAGAAAAUGUAAAAUCAAAAAGUCCAAAGUUUAAAGAGGAAAAUGGAAAAGUGAAGAAUUCCAAGAAAGAAACUGAAGAGGAAAACGGAAAAGUGAAGGCUCAUAUACUAGCAAAUGAAAAAACGCAGUGUUCUGGAAAUAAAGUUAAAAGUAUAAAAAAUGAGAAGGAAUCAAAAGUAGCUAAAAGUGUGGAGAAUAAGGUUGUUGCAGUCAAGAGGGAAGUGGUGGAAGUGUCAGAUGAUAAUAGGUCUUGGACUGAGAAGUAUAAGCCUAAGGAUAUUGCAGGUAUUAUCGGACAGCAGGGAGAUAACAGCAACAUGAAAAAGUUAAUUUCAUGGUUGACGAAUUGGUACAAAAAUCAUUCCGGAAAGAACAGACCGAAGCUUGUAAAGCCGAGUCCGUGGGCGAAGAACGACGAUGGCGCGUACUUCAAAUGCGCUCUGCUGAGCGGUUCGCCGGGCGUUGGUAAGACGACCACGGCCACUCUAGUUGCCAAAGAGUUGGGCUUCGACGUGGUAGAGUUCAAUGCUUCAGAUACCAGGAGUAAGAGAUUGCUGCACGAAGAAGUAGCCCAGCUGCUGAGCACCAAGUCUCUGGCCACUUACUUCAAGGAUGGAUCUGCGCCGACCAAGAAGCACGUCCUUCUGAUGGACGAAGUAGAUGGAAUGGCCGGAAAUGAGGAUAGAGGUGGAAUCCAAGAGCUCAUCGGUCUCAUAAAGAAUACAAGUGUGCCAAUAAUAUGCAUGUGCAACGAUCGUCAGCAUCCGAAGAUACGUUCUUUGGUAAACUAUUGUAUGGAUUUGCGAUUCGCGAAUCCUCGCAUUGAACAAAUCCGAGGCGCCAUGAUGAGUAUUUGCUUCAAAGAGAAGGUAAAGAUCAGCCCGGACGCUUUGAUGGAGGUUAUCAAAGGCGCCGGCAUGGAUAUAAGACAAACGCUGAACAACUUGUCGAUGUGGACGGCCGCAAACAAGAACUUGACGGUGGACACUGCGCAGAAGGAGUCGAAUGCUUCGAAGAAAGACACUGUGAUCGGGCCUUGGGAGGUUAUCCGGAAGGUGUUUUCUGAAGAGGAGCAUAAGAAGACUUCGAUCGCGGACAAGUCGAAGCUGUUCUUUUACGAUUACAGUAUCGCGCCGCUCUUCGUGCAAGAGAACUAUCUGCAGGUGGUGCCACACUGCAACAAGAAGGAUCUCCUAGAGAGGGUAGCCUCCGCCGCAGACGCCAUCAGCAUGGGUGAUAUCAUUGACAAGAAAAUCAGAUCUACGAACAAUUGGUCUCUGUUAGAGUCGCAGGCUAUGUACUCGUCGGUGUUGCCAGGUCACUACAUGUCCGGUCACUUUGGCGGUCAGAUCAACUUCCCCGGAUGGUUGGGCAAAAACUCUAAAAGAACCAAAUUCCAAAGACUCAUGACUGAGCUUCAAGUCCACAUGCGCACGACAGCUUCCGCAAGUAAAACUGCUGUUAAUCUGGAUUACAUCUACUAUUUACGAGAUUCGAUCGUGAAACCUCUACAGAAGGAGGGAUCAGAUGGCGUGGCAAAAUCGCUGGAGGUGAUGCAAGCUUACAACUUGCUCAGGGAAGACCUGGAUAGCAUUUUGGAGUUGAGCCAGUGGCCCAAGCGAAAAGACCCAAUGGCUUCGGUGGAGUCCAAGGUUAAAGCUGCAUUCACCCGCGCCUACAACAAGGAAGGCGCGAUGCUGCCAUAUUCUAUCAACACGGGGACCUUCAAGAAGAAGACAUCGAAGGUCGAAUCGGACGUUUACGGAGACGUCGAAGGCGAGGAAUCCGAUGACAACGAAGACGAUGAUGACAUUACUAAGGAUGCUAUGAUAAAGGAGAAGAAAAAGCCUGCGACCAAAACCAAAAAGGAAACUGGUGAGGGAAGCAAGAAGGGUGCGGGUACCUCGAAAGGAAGGGCGAAGAAGGCAAAAUAAAUUGCAAAAAUGAAUGUACUCUUU